ACUUUAAGAAGCCAAAUAUUCUCAAAACAAAUUGUAAAUCGGAUCUAUGCAAGUGCUUCGCUUCCGUUCGGACUGUUGUGCACAACGACCUGAAGACAUUCACAAAUUGCACGUACAUUGUACUUUUUAUAUUUACAGCGAUAAAACUCACUUAAUAACAAGACACAAGUGUUUUCCGGCCAUUUAGUUCCAUCCUGGGGGUCCUCACAUCUUCAUGGAGAUGUCCAUUUGCUAUUUUUGCUAAGUAGUGACCUGAGCAAUCCAGUCGCUAAAACCAGCUCAUCUCACAAGAUGUUGGAGAGGUUGGCAAACUGCAAAAGUUCUCUGAAAUUAUCGGCGCGUAAACAACGGGAAAUCAAGUACAAAAUCUUUGUCACUUUGCAGCCGUCCUUGUCGACAGUCUCGUAUUCCUCCUCACUUUACCGGGACGUAUCCAGACUCACACUUAGAAAGGCUACGCAGGAGACUCACCCCGCACGCACCUGCAAAGUUAAGAAAAAAUAAUAAAAAAUGAUUACCCAACCUCGAUGCAAGAUAUCAAGCGAGCUUUGAAAGUCCCUAUGAAGGCGAUUCUUAGGUGUCAACAAUCUUAACACCAAGACAACCAGGAAAACAGACAACCCCUUUGAAGCUUGUUAAGCCCGCCCUCAAGUUCAUACAAAAGGACAGACAUUACAAAAUCGCUCAUUUCGAGAGUAAGGAAUCAAUAGUCAAGAAGAUAAGAUUCAACAUGACAUUCAUGGUGAAUUCAUCGGUAUAUUUGCCGACUCACUCGAACGACACUAUUCUCCAGCAAUCGACAUGCCUUGUUAAAAGCAAUAUGUGGUUCAUUGACUAUCUUCGCACAUUGUACAUCGUCAACUGUGUUAUUCAACCCAUAUUCGCUAUAGUCGCAGUGUCGACGAAUACGCUCGUUCUGUACGCCAUUAUCAAGACUCCAGCCCUGCAUAAACCGUCCACGGUGCUUCUCUGUAACCUCGCUAUCACAGACCUAGCGGUCGGAAUCUUUGUACAGCCAUUUUACGUCGUUUACAAAAUUGCAGAGCUUCACAAACUAGCAAACAUUUCUUGCAAUCUUGGAGUUGCGACGAACAUGUUCGCAAAUCUCUUUUCUGGAGUAUCGUUUAUUACUGUGACUCUAAUAAGUUUGGAUAGAUACCUAGCUUUACAUUUGCAUCUACGCUACCCCGCAGUCGUUACAACCGAGAGAAUCCUCAAAGUCCUUAUCGUCAGCUGGGCUCUUGUAGCUUUUUUAGUUUCCUUUUACCCAUGGAAAAUUGAUAUCGCCAUCUAUGGUGGUAUGGGCAUAGUUCUUAUUUGCCUUAUAGUCACCAGUUACACUUAUGUGAAGAUUCACAGCGUCGUAAGGAAACACAGGGCGCGGGUACACGACACAAUCCCAGCCAUACCAUCAAAUCAGAGUCAAGGCGUGCAGGGAAGCAAGACGAUCCGAGGCUUGAAUAUCUCCAAGUACUGGAAAUCUGUCAUAACCAUGGGAUAUGUGUAUUUAUUCCUCGUCUUGUGCUAUUUGCCAUACAUGCUAACUCUAGGGGUAAGAGUUUUAAUUGGACUAACCAAGGAAUAUAAACUAGUUUUAAAUAUCACUACAUCAGUUAUUUACAUUAGCUCGAGUAUUAAUCCUUUUUUGUACUGCUACCGUUUGAAAGAAGUCCGGAACGCUGUGAUGAAGGUACUGAGAAAGAACUUUGUCGAGGAGGAGGUUUCUGCGACAUUUAAUGUCGUGACUACAAAGUCGACUUUGGACUUAUCGUCUUCUAACCGUGCCAGGAAUCCUUCUAAAUCAAGGUGCUCUCAAAACCAGCUGAAUAUAUCUGACUUCCACGCAGUUUGAGUUAUGGUGUUUGCCCAGGUAGAAAAGGUGCUUUAUUUUGAUAUUUUUGACGUAUCCGUCAAAGUUGUGGUCAUCUCAACAAAAGAUUCAGUCGGUAAGAUCUGCUGCUGCAUCAGAAAAGUGCAAGACUCCUUGCUCGAGUUGUUGAUUGGAUUGUGUUCGAAGCUCAUUCUUUUUUUUUCGUUUCGCAAAAAAGGGAAAAACUAGUGGAAAUUAAUCAGUAGAGAAAAAGGACCAAAUCUAUGGCAGUGCAUCUUAAAAGCAUGGCUUCUAAACAUUUAAGAGAUUUUUUUUAUUUUUCAAAAGUAUUUCACUGAUGCAGAACAUGAAACUGGGAAAUAUUAAAAAUAUCAAACGAUAAAAAAAGCAAAUCGAAACUAUCUCUUACAUUUCUUUCUUUUAACAAACAAGAAAUCUACAUGCUUUAUAUUUUGGGUUUUGGUUUAUUAGUCCAGCUGUAUUUAAUAUCGGUUUAAUCGAUACACGUCUCCGAAUGGAGACGUCUAAAGACUAAGAAAGGGCUUCGGGAUUUAAUCGUUUUGAGGAUUUUUAAAUUCACGUUGACUUUAAAUGAGGCGAAAAACGAGAAACAAUUUCAAGCAGCUUUUGAGCGUUCUGCUGCAAAAGUAACAUUACUUGAAUAAAUUGCAUUUUGUUGAAUGAAACUAGCAAAAGGCAAAUAUAGCAUUCAUGAGUAUAUUUGCAAAUACGUACCCCUAUAUGAGCCCAAAAAUUAAACGUCGUUAAGUUAUUUUUAAUUACUUCUGCUAGUGCGUGUGGGUUUUUUUUUUUCUCGAGAGUUUUCUUUGUACAUAUAUAUACGAAACUGCUUUGGAUUAAUAAAAAAGAUAAAAUUGUAAAUUUUGUGAUCCUCCUAGAGGGUAAGAUGAAUACAAAGAAAACAUAAAAAAAGGAAAGAAAAACAGGAACAAAACAAUUUCCGUAUCUGCUUGAAAAUUGAACUGUUCUGUUCUAUUGAUAAUUGAGAUUGUUUUUGCGUGUAUAGGAUGCAGCGCUCACGAAUGAUAAUGGCAUUACGUCACCAGUCACGAUAAACACAUAUUGCAAAAGAUUCCACAAAGGACUUCAUUCUUUCGUGACAAUUAGGGAUACAUUGAUCGAUGCCCGCGGUGAUUUAUGGGAAAAUUGUGUUUUGCGUUUUGACACUCUUACAACUAUUUUUGCUGAAAAACAAAACAAUUAAAGAAAGAUGUUGUUUUUCAGAUCACUGGGGCCGCUACUUACGCCAUCUUACGUAUUAGAUAUUACUUAAAUUUCGAGCUAAGUAAUAAGUCCCCAUGGUGCACCGCGGGCUCCUGAUAACACGGAUCCAAAAUAAUGCAAUCUUUUAGAGGUGUAUUCAUUAGUUUAAGGUAAAUAAUGCCUUAAAAGCACGAUAUAACAGACAUGGAUAAUAUAGAUUGACGACUUCAUCUUCCAGCGCCAUCAAUGUGAAAUAAGCAAAAUGUAAAUUACAUAGAGGUGGAGCUACUUAAAGGAUAUUGAAACAUCGGUAUAAAUAGAUAUUAAGGAGAUAUAUAGAGCCAAGUCUAUGACGUCGCAGGAUGUUUGUACAAAACUGAAAAACGUAAAGAUGUAAAUGUGUAAACCAAUAUUUAUAUACUUUAGAUUCGUAGCUAUAUUGCGCAGAAAUGCAAACAUGCAAACCAAUAUGGAUUAGAGUCGUGUAAUUUUGUGUAUAGAUGUGAACCUUAGACUCUGUAGUCUGCGUUCCGUAAUAAAUACAUUGACAACUGA